AGCGCGCGGCGCAGGGAGUAGUGCGAUGGCACAGCGAAGCUCAACCAAGAUUAGAAACGGGAAAACACAGACACCGUUCAGAGCUGAGGAAGCAUGAACAUUGCUACACAGAUAGAAGCGAUCAGGCGCUCAGCUUUCCCAGAGCAUUACGUUUCCGAAGGCCAGUGAAGAAGGGCAAGCAUGUGCAGCUCUCUGAGUCCAAAGCAGCACCCGUUUGGCCCGGGCCUCACUGACCUGCAGCAGUACAGCCUGUGGUUGGCCAGCAGACAUGAAGCCAGCCUGCUGCCUAUGAAGGAGGACCUGGCCCUCUGGCUCACCAGCAUGCUGGGUGUUGAAAUCACAGCAGAGAGUUUCAUGAACAGGUUAGAUAAUGGCUUCCUGUUGUGUCAGCUGGCUGAGACGCUGCAGGAGAAAUUUAGGCAGAACAGUGGAGAACUGUCACCACCUGGCAAGCCGAUCCCUAAUCGGAGGAUCCCCUGUAGAGAAAGUGCUCCAUCUGGCUCUUUUUUUGCCCGAGACAACACAGCCAAUUUCCUUUCAUGGUGUCGAGAGGUUGGCGUUGGGGAGACCUGCUUGUUUGAGUCUGAUGGACUGGUCUUGCACAAACAGCCACGUGAGGUCUGCCUGUGUCUGCUAGAACUGGGGAGGAUAGCAGCUAAGUAUAAGGUCGAACCGCCUGGGUUAAUUAAGCUGGAGAACGAGAUUGAACAGGAAGAGAAAGCUCCUGAGCCGCCUUCCUCCCCUGUCUCUCCAGUCCAGGGCUCUUCCUUUAACAAAAGCUCCUCCUGCAGGAAAAGCACCGGCAAGCUCCUUGAUGAUGCAGUAAGGCACAUUUCUGAGGAACCUCCCUGUAAGUGCCCCAAUAAAUUCUGUGUCGAGCGUCAGUCACAGGGCCGCUAUCGUGUUGGAGAAAAGAUACUCUUCAUUCGGAUGCUGCACAAUAAACAUGUGAUGGUGCGAGUAGGUGGUGGCUGGGAGACUUUCGAGAGUUACCUGCUGAAGCAUGACCCCUGCCGUAUGCUGCAGAUUUCCAGAGUGGAAGGCAAAGUGUCGCCCAUCUCCAUUAAGUCCCCUAGCAUUAAAGACCUGACCCCUGACAGUUACCUGGUGGUGGCAGCACACUACAGAAGCAAGAAGUAACGGAGACCACUGACAGAUGAAGAAUAUGAGGAAUGCAAAAUAGGCUUUUGGGUGAAAAUGGCAACUCCGUGUAAAGGCUAUUAUCUGCCUUUAUGGCCAUCAGAUGAGGCUUGAAACAUUGGGAUCCAAUUAUAUAUCUGAUGAAAAAAACGCAGGUUUAAAUAUACUCUUGACUAAGCAAUGGCAAUCUCAAACUAUUUCUGAGCUUUAUUUUUCUUGCAAAUGAUCAGUACAUAGAGUGCUUAAAUGAAUACAGCUAAUUUAGCUAAUUUGACACACCAUGUGUCUAAAGAGUACAGCAGGGCUGAAACAUAGUCUGGUUUUAAGGGGAAAGGGACUGGAAAAAAAUCUCAGAAUGCAAUCUGUUGAGUCAAAGAUGACUAAUAAACACAUAUAGCCUGGAAUUGCAACUGAUAUACGUAGUGCAGAUUAAUGUGACUUUUUUAUAACUUUAUAACUUUUGCUUAAAACAGACUGAUGUAUAUACAUUUACAUUUUUCUCUUGCAAAAUGACAGACAUUGCCAUAAUUUCUUAAUGUAUAUAUUUGUGGUACUAUAUCAUAUCUCAAUAUUAACCAUUGUUUUUUCUAGAAUUUAUCCACUUUAUAGAAAAUGAUAUUCGUAAAUGGUUUUAGAUUUCUUUUCUUAUUUUAAGAACAGAUAUAAUGUAAAUGUAAUCAUAUUUUCUCUUCAAGACCAAUCCAACUUGUGAGGUGUUAAUAGAAUCUGAUGUCUGUCUGGAGUAAAAUAAAUCAUCAAGCAUUGCAGUGUUUUAUCAAUUAAAAGUAAGAGUAAUUGCUAUUUCUUGAA